GAGCAUGCGCAGUGGGCAGGGCCGGCUCCCGGCGCAAGAAGGAAGCGUCCGCGGUGCUCCCGGCGGCUGUGCUGGGGUAUGCGGUACCGGCUAGCGUGGCUGCUGCACUCCGCGCGGCCCAGCACCUUCCGCUCCGUCCUCGGCGCCCGCCUGCUGCCCCCGGAGCGCCUCUGUGGUUUCCAAGAGAAGACUUACAGCAAGAUGAAUAAUCCAGCUAUCAAGAGACUAGGAAAUCACAUUAUCAAAUCUCCCGAAGACAAGCGAGAAUACCGUGGGCUAGAGCUGGCCAAUGGUAUCAAAGUACUUCUCAUCAGUGAUCCGACCACGGAUAAGUCAUCAGCAGCACUUGAUGUGCACAUAGGUUCAUUGUCAGAUCCGCCAAAUAUUGCUGGCUUAAGUCAUUUUUGUGAACAUAUGCUAUUUUUGGGAACAAAGAAAUACCCUAAAGAAAAUGAAUACAGCCAGUUUCUCAGUGAGCACGCAGGAAGUUCAAAUGCCUUUACUAGCGGAGAACAUACCAAUUACUAUUUCGAUGUUUCCCACGAACACCUAGAAGGUGCCCUAGACAGGUUUGCACAGUUUUUCCUGUGCCCCUUAUUUGAUGAGAGUUGCAAAGACAGAGAGGUGAAUGCAGUUGAUUCAGAACAUGAGAAGAAUGUGAUGAACGAUGCCUGGAGACUCUUUCAGUUGGAAAAAGCUACGGGGAAUCCCAAACAUCCCUUCAGCAAAUUUGGGACAGGUAACAAAUAUACUUUAGAGACUAGACCAAACCAAGAAGGCAUUGAUGUAAGACAGGAGCUACUGAAAUUCCAUUCUACUUAUUAUUCAUCCAACUUAAUGGCUAUUUGUGUGUUAGGUCGAGAAUCUUUAGACAACUUGACUAAUCUGGUGGUAAAGUUAUUUUCUGAAGUUGAGAACAAAAAUGUCCCACUGCCAGAAUUUCCUGAACACCCUUUCCAAGAAGAACAUCUUAAACAACUUUACAAAAUAGUACCCAUUAAGGAUAUUAGGAAUCUUUAUGUGACUUUUCCCAUACCUGACCUUCAGAAAUACUACAAAUCAAAUCCUGGCCAUUAUCUUGGUCAUCUCAUUGGUCAUGAAGGUCCUGGAAGUCUGUUAUCAGAACUGAAGUCAAAGGGCUGGGUAAAUACUCUUGUUGGUGGACAGAAGGAAGGAGCCCGAGGUUUUAUGUUUUUUAUCAUUAAUGUGGACCUGACUGAGGAAGGAAUAUUACACGUUGAAGAUAUAAUUUUGCACAUGUUUCAAUACAUUCAGAAGUUACGUGCAGAAGGACCUCAAGAAUGGGUUUUCCAAGAAUGCAAGGACUUGAAUGCUGUUGCAUUUAGGUUUAAAGAUAAAGAGAGGCCACGGGGCUAUACCUCUAAGAUUGCAGGAAUAUUGCAUUAUUAUCCCCUAGAAGAAGUGCUCACGGCUGAAUAUUUACUGGAAGAAUUUAGACCUGACUUAAUAGAGAUGGUUCUCGAUAAACUCAGACCAGAAAAUGUCCGGGUUGCAAUAGUUUCCAAGUCCUUUGAAGGAAAAACUGACCACACAGAAGAGUGGUAUGGAACCCAGUACAAGCAAGAAGCCAUACCAGAUGAAGUCAUUAAGAAAUGGCAAAAUGCUGACCUGAAUGGUAAAUUUAAACUUCCAACGAAGAAUGAAUUUAUUCCUACGAAUUUUGAGAUUUUAUCAUUAGAAAAAGAAGCAACACCGUACCCUUCUCUUAUUAAGGAUACAGCUAUGAGCAAACUCUGGUUCAAACAAGAUGAUAAGUUUUUCUUGCCAAAGGCUUGUCUCAACUUUGAAUUUUUCAGUCGCUACAUUUAUGCUGAUCCUCUCCAUUGCAACAUGACAUACCUGUUUAUCAGGUUAUUGAAGGAUGAUUUAAAAGAGUAUACAUAUGCAGCACGCCUCUCAGGUUUGAGCUAUGGCAUUGCAUCAGGAAUGAAUGCAAUACUUCUCUCGGUGAAAGGUUACAAUGACAAGCAGCCGAUUUUGCUAAAGAAGAUUAUUGAGAAAAUGGCUACCUUUGAGAUUGAUGAAAAAAGAUUUGAAAUUAUCAAAGAGGCAUAUAUGCGAUCUCUUAACAAUUUCCGAGCUGAGCAGCCUCACCAGCACGCCAUGUACUACCUCCGCCUGCUGAUGACUGAAGUGGCCUGGACUAAAGAUGAAUUAAAAGAAGCCCUGGAUGAUGUCACCCUUCCUCGCCUUAAGGCCUUCAUACCUCAGCUCCUGUCACGGCUGCACAUCGAAGCCCUUCUCCAUGGAAACAUAACAAAGCAGGCUGCACUAGGAAUUAUGCAGAUGGUUGAAGACACCCUCAUUGAACAUGCUCAUACAAAACCUCUCCUUCCAAGUCAGCUGGUUCGGUAUAGAGAAGUUCAGCUCCCUGACAGAGGAUGGUUUGUGUAUCAGCAGAGGAAUGAAGUUCACAAUAACUGUGGCAUCGAGAUAUACUACCAGACAGACAUGCAGAGCACCUCAGAGAAUAUGUUUCUAGAGCUCUUCUGUCAAAUCAUCUCUGAACCUUGCUUCAACACCCUGCGCACCAAGGAGCAGCUAGGCUACAUUGUCUUCAGUGGGCCACGUCGAGCCAACGGCAUUCAGGGCUUACGAUUCAUCAUCCAGUCAGAAAAGCCGCCUCACUACCUAGAGAGCAGAGUGGAAGCUUUCCUAAUCACCAUGGAGAAGUCCAUAGAGGACAUGACAGAAGAGGCUUUUCAGAAACACAUUCAAGCAUUAGCAAUUCGUCGACUAGACAAACCAAAGAAACUAUCCGCAGAGUGUGCUAAAUAUUGGGGGGAAAUCAUCUCUCAGCAAUACAAUUUUGACAGAGACAAUACAGAAGUUGCAUAUUUAAAGACACUUACCAAGGAAGAUAUCAUCAAGUUCUACAAGGAAAUGUUGGCAGUAGAUGCCCCAAGGAGACAUAAGGUAUCCGUCCAUGUUCUUGCCAGGGAAAUGGAUUCUUGUCCUGUGGUUGGAGAGUUCCCAUGUCAAAAUGAUAUAAAUUUGUCACAAGCACCAGCCUUGCCACAACCUGAAGUGAUUCAGAACAUGACUGAGUUCAAGCGUGGUUUGCCACUGUUUCCCCUUGUGAAACCACAUAUUAACUUCAUGGCUGCAAAACUCUGAAGAUUCCUCAAGGGUGGGAAAGUGCAGAAGGAUGCAUCCCUGAGCCUUCCAGGGGCUAGGAAAACAACCUCGGCCACUUUAAUAGUUUCUGGUUCACUAUUCGAGAGACAAACAGAAAAAAAAAAAAAAAAAAAAAAAAGGAGUUUGUCAAAUGUCAUUAUGUAGAAAUAGUAAAAAUCCAAAGUAAUUAAAUUACAAAAUCUUAUAGAUGUAGAAUAUUUUUUAAAUACAUGCCUCUUAAAUAUUUUAAAAUUUUUCUUUCCAUUACUAAGAGAAAUUUCCCUUCUAUAACAGUACUUAAAAUGAUGAAUGAUAUUCCUAUAGAAUCUUCCCUUCCCUAUUCCGUAAAAUAGUCACUUGUCAGAAGACAAUAUGUUAGGGGUUUUUUUUUUCCCCUAAAAGCCUCCUAGGUUGACAGAAAAGGCUUUAAAACCUUUAGAAAGGUGUAAUACCUUUUUAAAAACUGAUCCUUAGAUUUGCUUUCUACUUGGUGGUUUCAUGUAAAUCAAUGGAGAACAUUAACAUUGGGCAAAUAAUGAACAAAGCUAAAAUAAUUUUCUUUUAUUAUAAGUGAAAUUGCUGAUUACAUAAGGCAUGGUUUUAAUCUUUUUAUAAAAUUUGAACAUGUUUUUUAUUCAAACUAGUAAAAUGCUGGAAAACCCUAGAACACCCUACUUAUUUACAACAUUAGAAAUAUAGACUUACAUCAAUUUUGUCCCAAACUGAAUUUCUCAGGAUUACUGUGAUUUGUUUCUUUCUGAUUGAAUUAUUUUGACAUUCUUGUUCAUAGUUGGUUUGCAGUGUUCCAUCAGUUUUACCUUUUCCCAUCAAAAACAUUUUUAGUAUUUAUUUAAUGAGUACAAAUAGGGUCAACUUCAGAUCCCACUGAGUGUGUGACAUGCUUUUCCAACAUCAGCUAUUAUAAACACUUGUAACUUUUUACUGCCAUGAUAUUGCAGUCGGUGUAUGAACCGAAAUAUUUGCCCCAUUAUGAAUUUAAAAGACAACAAGUACAAAGCCACCUUUUUGAAGGUAUAAAAAAAUAAAGCCUUGAUUCUUAAAUAGGGUCAUCUCCAGAAGACUCUAAAAUCCCUUUUUGCUACCAGUCUAAUAUUGCCUUAAGUGUUAAGUUAUUUUUUGAAUAUAUAAAUAUAAACAUACAAACAGAGAUGAAGACUGGAGUGGACUUUUAAAAACUAUUUUUUUCAUGAGAUACUAUUUUAGAUGAAAUUGUUACUGUAGAUUUAACAGCUGUUUUGAAAUAUUUACUGUUGUUCAACCUUGCUUCAAGAGAAAUUGUGAAUAUCCUUCCACACCCAGGCACUAGUAACAGUACGUGGCCCCAUUGUCCACUAACUCAGGCAAAGAACAGGAUGGCAUUCUACGAUGACAUCUUACCUCUACGGGAGUGAUUGGCCAGGACUUCUUUCUGUAGAGUCAUGUCUUUUCACACCUUAGGUUUUCACACUUGCCAUUUCCCGGAUAAUCUACAUUUGGGGCAAGUAUGAUAGAAUCACACCUGUGGAGGCUGCUUUCGAAAGCGGGGCUCCAUUUCCACUGUCAGAUAAACGUGGUGCUGUACCCGUCUUUUUACCCCUACCUGCAGGAGCUUCCUUGUGGGAAGCCUGUCUUUGUCCAUCAGAAGGUGCGUGAGCCAUCACUUCCUUCUGGUUUUAUGCAUUUGUAGACUAUGCAGCUUUUCAUCAAACUGCAAAUAUAUACAAGAGGGAUCUAAAAUUAGCCCUGAGUGUUUAAAUCCACCACUGUAAGAGUAAAUAAUCCACCUACCUUUUCUGUGGAGAAUUAUGUGCUAUGGAGUAAUUUUUAGCUCUUUUAAAAAAAAAAAAUGGGUGAAAUUUAACAGUGUCAUUUUUAUGAGAAAGUCACAUGAAGAAAUCUGAAAGGAAUCUCAUGUAGUCUUCCAGGAACCUGGAUUGUUGUGCAAGGUGUUCCAGCAUCGUCCGGUUGCCACAUCGGAUCUCGAGCUGCUGUUGGAUCACUCAGGCAUACCAAUGGAUUCAUUGAAAUGGGUCCAAGCUGCAGUCCAUGAGCAAUAACAGACUAUCCCGGAUACUGCUGUUUACUCAGUGCUUAGUAAAUGAGAUUUGUGGGAAACAAACUAAGUUAUUACUUACGACUUUUUAAAAAAGUCUUCUUUUCGCCUAGUUGAUGUGGAAGGGAGAGCAUGUGACACAGCCAGUAUGGUGGAGUGCUAGGGUAAUCCUGUUUACAAUAAAUUGCCUGAAUUCAA